AUGAUCAAGCUGAGGUACCCCAAGAAGCUGUUCAGGAGGAGCUCCUCCAAGGGCAGCACUACCAGCAGCAGCGGCGGCAGCAGCGACGGCGAUGCCGGAAGCGUCCGCGGCGGGGAGAUCGAGUGGGAGGUUCGGCCGGGCGGCAUGCUGGUGCAGAAGAGGGACGGCAGGGCGGACGUGGAGGUCAUCACCGUGAGGGUCGCCACCGGCUUCUCCUGGCACGACGUCUCCGUUGUGGCUACCUGCACUUUUGGUGAGCUGAAGGUGGUGCUGUCCAUGGUGACAGGGCUGGAGCCUCGGGAGCAGAGGCUGCUGUUCAGGGGCAAGGAGAGGGAGGACAGCGACCACCUCCACAUGAUCGGGGUGAGGGACAUGGACAAGGUGCUGCUCCUCGAGGACCCUGCCCUCAAGGACAUGAAGCUCCGGGCCGCGCUCGCGGCCCAGGCCGUGCAGAGCCCGUAUCAGACUUUUAUCAAGGUGUAG